AUGGGUUUACAAUUGGGAAAGUUCAUUGGCAUUGACUUUGCUAUUCAGUUUUUAGGCUGGGCGUUGUCGGUCAAGUUUCGAACCGAAAGGCAUUUUGAUUUGACAGGUUCUUUAACAUUUAUUUUAUUGACCUACUUAAGUCGUAAUAAACGUCGUUCAACUCUUCGACAAAAUAUUCAAUCUUCUUGUGUAUUCUUUUGGGCAUUGAGAUUAGGUGCAUUUCUAUUUUAUCGAAUAUUAAAAGUUGGCAAAGAUUCACGAUUUGAUCGCAUGCGCAAUAAUCCAACGAGAUUACUCAUAACUUGGAUGCUUCAAGGUAUUUGGGUUCUCAUAACACUUUUACCAACACUCUAUCUUAAUCAAAAACAAGUUGAUAAACCAUUAAGAAAAACUGAUUAUAUCGGUUGGAGUCUUUGGCUAUUUGGUUUUAUAUUUGAAACUAUUGCGGAUACACAAAAAAUGUCAUUUAAAAAUAAUUUAAAUAACAAAAACACAUUUAUUGAAACUGGCCUAUGGAAAUAUUCUAGACAUCCAAAUUAUUUCGGUGAAAUGUGUGCAUGGUUCGGUCUUUAUAUAUCAUCGUCACACAUGCUGGUUGGAUAUGAACGAUUCUUUGGUGUACUUUCGCCUAUAUUUGUAACAUUGUUGAUAUCAUUUCUAAGUGGAAUUCCAAUUUUAGAACGACAAGCAAUGAAAUUAUUUGCAAGUAAUCCUGCUUAUCAAGCCUAUCGAAACCGUACACCAAUUCUUAUUCCAUUUCUUAAUUUUCCUCGUAUUUAA